AGGGGGCCCUCCACUAUGAUGGAACGCACUGAGCUCCUGAUUCUUUCUUCAGACUGUGAAAGGCAGGUGGAGCCUGCUUGCCAUUUAAGGCCACUUAGUCAAGAGGUCAGUCACCCCAUAGUGACUGCAAAGGCAACAAGUCUGGGCGUAUGCUAAGGGCAGAACUAACAGAUGGGCCCAUUUGCUAUAGCCCCUGCUGGCACUGUCCCCACCAGGCCACAAGUGUACCUUUCUGGGGAUAGCUCAGCUGCAGAGACUGUCCUGUGAGGAGGAGGAAGAGGACACCACAGAAAUCAGUGCUGCACCCAUCAGCAGAUCAAGGCCCCAGGAACCAGGAUCCGGGGGGCUUCAGGGCUUCUCUGCUCAGGGACCAGAACCCAAGAGAGGCCAGGAGAGCAGCUGUGGCCAAGGGGCCUAAGGAUUUCAGUGCCAGAAACAUACCCUAACGAGGACAAGGAACAUGGACCAGAGCAAAGAGGUUAUCGGAGUCCCAGUUGGCACUGUGGUGCCUCAGGAGCUGCUGGAAGAAAUGGUUUGGGUUUUUCGUGUAGAAGAUGGGUCUCCUUGGAAUUAUUCCAUCCUUGCCCUGUCGGCUGUGGUGAUGGUCAUAAGCCUUGCCCUCCUGGGAAGGAGCAUCCAAGCAAACAGAAAUCGAAAGAUGCAGCCACAAGAAAAGGUAACACCAGAAGCCCUGCAUUUGGAAGAGUCCAAAACCAAAGAAAACAACAGCCUAAAUAAACUAACAGAGAUGCUGCUCUCAGGAAAUCCAAACUUGGGACCUGAGUUAAAAGAGAAAGAUGUCUCAACGGUCCUCCUUCCAGAUCCAUCAGAAACUGAGAUCCAGUGAGUGCUCAGAGCAUGUGUCAUCCCCCUCCCAGGCUUGGGAUCCCAACUUGAGCUCACCUCAUGGCCUGGAACGUCUCUGGUUUCAGUCCCCCCCACCCCUGCAGCCUAAUGUUUUAUUAGCAGAUUCAAUGAGUGAGCUUCAAUCAAAUUAAAAUUUGUUAUUUAAACAAUCUUUUAUUAAAAGGCUUCUGGGAGUGGGCAGAUGGAA